AAUAUAUAGCACCCCACCUCCAGCCUGACCUCUUUGGAACUUUAGUACGUUUCACCAACCCCAGUGCUUUUAGUCAUAAAUCUCUUCAUUAAUGGCUGCCAUUCCUCCAUCAAACACCGUCCUUCCCUUCGCCAUACCCCGCCAAAACCCCGGCCUCCAUUCCAUAACGUGCCAAUUUGUAGCACCAUUUUUAGGCCAAAAAUCCCAAUUUGGAGAACUUUCACACGACGCCACAAAAGCGCCUACACCAUGCAAGGUCCUAUCCAAAACAGGCGACUCCUUAUCAAGCAUUGUAAGCGAGCUCGAGGAAGAAGGAACACAGAGAGUACUGGAACAAGAUGAUGAGGAACUAAAGACCACGGCCACCCAGCCUGAGCACCAGCUCGCCGAUGCCUGGCGUGAAAUCCUCGGCCAAGACGACUGGGUUGGCCUGUUCGAUCCCAUGGACCCGCUUCUUCGAUCUGAGCUAAUCCGGUACGGCGAGAUGGCACAAGCAUGUUACGAUAGCUUCGAUUUCGACCCGUUUUCCAAGUACUGCGGGAGCUGCAGAUUCAUGUGCCAUGAAUUCUUCGACUCACUAGGAAUGUCGCACUUCGGCUACAAUGUUCCUCGCUACCUCUUCGCGACCUCAAACAUCAAUCUUCCCAACUUUUUCAAGAAGUCGCGGUGGCCAAAAGUGUGGAGCAAGAACGCCAACUGGAUCGGAUACGUUGCUGUUUCAGACGACGAAACCUCCAAACGUUUAGGCCGCCGUGACAUAGCUAUUGCAUGGAGAGGCACGGUGACACGGCUGGAGUGGAUAGCAGAUCUUAUGGAUUUCCUGAAGCCAAUUUCUUCCAACAAAAUCCCAUGCCCGGACCUAACUGUGAAAGCCGAAUCAGGGUUUUUAGACCUCUAUACUGGCAAGAACGAGGCCUGCAGAUUUUGCAAGUUUUCAGCGAGGGAGCAGAUUCUAAGCGAGGUCAAAAAGUUGCUCGAUAUCUACUCAAACGAAGAAGCUGUAAGCAUCACCAUCACAGGGCAUAGUCUGGGGGCUGCGUUGGCCAUUCUAAGCGCGUAUGAUAUCGUUGAAAUUGGCCUGAACGCGUUGAAAGACGGCCGAGCCGUGCCGGUAUGCGUGUUCUCGUUUUCGGGGCCGAGAGUAGGGAAUGCGAGGUUCAAGGAGAGGCUGGAGAUGUUGGGGUUGAAGGUGCUGAGGGUGGUGAAUGUCCACGACUUGGUACCCAAGUCGCCGGGGCUGUUCUUGAACGAGCAAUCGCCGCCAAUGAUGAUGAAGCUGGCCCAGGGGUUUCCAUGGAGUUACUCGCACGUCGGGGUUGAGCUUGCAUUGGAUCACAAGAACUCCCCGUUUCUGAAGCCGACGGGUGAUCCGGUUUGUGCACAUAAUUUGGAGGCUCACCUGCAUUUGCUUGACGGAUACCAUGGGAAAGGACAUAGAUUUGUGCUGGCAAGUGGAAGAGAUCCUGCGCUGGUGAACAAGGCCUGUGAUUUCUUGGAGGAUCAUUACUUGGUGCCGCCCUACUGGAGACAGGAUGAGAACAAGGGUAUGGUGAUGGGCAAAGAUGGUCGGUGGGUGCAGCCUGAACGCCCAAACCUCGAUGAUCAUCCACCUGAUAUGCAUCAUCAUCUCCAACAAUUAGACCUCACUUCUUAUUAAUUAAUUAUUUAUUAACAAAUCAGACUUUGUAACUGUUUUCUUUCUUGUACGUUGUAAAUCAUAAUAUAUAUGUAGAGAAACGUCUGUUUAAAAGAA